GGAGCACAGUGGCAUUGUUCAUUGGCUCUGGCUACCUGGCCCUGCCCCCUGCCCCCUCACUCCUUCUUUCCCGGCAGGUAUUUGUCAGCAAGGACGUGGCGAAGGACUUUGGUUUCCACUCGGCUCCCGAGGCCGUGAAGGGGCUUCACACCCGUGUGAGACCAGGGGCCACUGUGAUCUGCGCCUGGGCCGAGGCAGGGGCUGACGCGCUGGGGCCUGACGGGGAGCUCGUCCACUCAGACGCCUUCCCCCCAGAGACCAUCGUGGACACGCUGGGCGCUGGAGACACUUUCAAUGCCGCUGUUCUCUUGGCCCUGUCGAGAGGGCAGAGGCUGCAGGAGGCGCUGGCCUUUGGGUGCCAGGUGGCUGGCAGGAAGUGCGGGGUCCAUGGGUACGACGGCAUCGUGUGAACAGAGCGCCGCCCGCUGGAGGAGACGCCCCCUUUGCACCAGGAGGCUGCAGCUGGUGCUGACUUGCUGGGAUUUCCUGGGGCGCAAGGGCUGAGCUGUUGGUGCU